CAUUAGCUUAUUCGCUACUACCUUGGUAGCAGUUUGCAAUCUUAUCUGAAUAAUCAAAUCAGAUUUGUCGUUGGAAUCAAGUCUCUUGACAUCUCUAGAGACAAAACACUUAAUUCACUUAUAUGUAAAUUUGAGCUUAUUCACGUCUUGUUUGUGUUAUUCACGUGAGAUCGUUGAUUAUUCAUAUAACUAGGUCUUGUAACCUGGUGUUUAUUCAUGCUUAUUAUUAUUCAUUCACGUGGUUAAAAAAUCAAAUUUUAAACUUUGAAAUAUAUCAAAAUUGAUGUUAUUGUGUAGAUUGUGAAAUAUUUUUAGAGAUUUAUUGAGAAUUCAAAUUUAAUUCUAUUAAAUAUAGCCAAUACAAAUUAUUAGAGGAAAAAAUCUGAAUUUUUAUUUAUAUGAACAACUUACACGGUACGUGAAUAAGUAUAGUAUUACGUGAAUAAAUCUAAAACGAACCGUUAAAAAAUAUGUGGAAAAAAAAUGGUUUUAGAUGUUAUGGUUUAGAGGUGCCAGAGAGAAUUUUUCCUUGUAGUUGCGUAUAGCAAUUAGCACCAUCCAUCGUGCCGGAACUUUCACGUGUCGUUGCAUGAACCUCUCGUCCAUAUCCUUCUUCGCGAUCUUUCUAGCGCCACGUGGUCAAAAGGUCGAAAGUUAAUCCGGUGCUCUAGAGACCACUGGUAGUAUCGUGGUUUUGCGCCAAAAACGAAAUGAAGUCAAUGGCUGCUCUGGGUUAUAGCACGAUGAUACAGUUAUCGGCAGCUGCAGCAUCAACAAGAGUAAAGCUGCAUUCGUCGAUACUCCGAUUCAGCUUCGACUCUUCCGUGUCUCUGAAGGAUAAUAGCCGUCGCUGCCGAUUCCCUGGCCGACGAUCGGUUGCUUCUGCUUCGCCUGUUCGCGCCAUGGGUUCCUCUGCUUCUUCCUCAAAACCAGAAAACGUUCAAGAUACGCAGAAGGCCGUUCCGUCGAGUGAUGAAGAAUGGAAGAAGAAGCUUACGCCGGAACAGUUCUACGUGACUCGUCAGAAGGGAACCGAGAGGGCUUUCACCGGGGAAUACUACAACACCAAAACCCCAGGAACAUACCACUGCAUAUGCUGCGACACGCCGCUGUUCGAAUCAUCGACCAAGUUCGACAGUGGAACUGGGUGGCCAUCUUACUACCAGCCAAUAGGGAACAAUGUGAAUUCGAAGCUGGACUUGUCGAUCAUUUUCAUGCCCAGGACGGAAGUCCUGUGUGCCGCCUGUGAUGCUCAUCUAGGGCAUGUGUUUGAUGAUGGUCCGCCACCAACUGGCCAACGCUACUGCAUAAACAGCGCGGCACUAAAACUAAAGCCCAUGGAGAAAUGAAGCUUCUGCUCAACAAAGGUUGGAGCCUUAAGACAGAGAUGGAACAUCGUGAUGAUUAUGUCAUUUUCAUUGAUGAGUGUGUGUAAAUGCAGCUGUAAGAGAGUUAUAUAGAUGGAGAAGUGUUGUCUCUAAGCUCUAUUCAUACACUGAUGAGACAGAGAAGAAGCAUAUAGCUUCCUUUAUGCUACAGUCCGUCACUCACAGAUCUUGAAUGGAACAAAUUUAUAUCCUCUUGCCUUUGAGACUACUGAAAAUUUCUUUUCUAGCCUUUCUGAAGCUAGAAAACAUCUAUAGUCUUUACCUCUCCUUCAAGAAACUUGGGCAGUUUGA